CUGCGCUUCUGUUUUUAUUCACUUCAAUCUCAAAAGCGUAAAGAUGAGCAGAGACGGAGACAAGAGCGCAAAGACUUCUAUCCGGAACCAAAAACAAGCCAGGACGCAGCCGCAGGUUUGUGUCCUGAAGAAGAAGAAGAAGGACCCGUCAGUGAGGGAUGAAAUCUCCACAGUCUCACAGUCAGGACGCGACAGUGGGAAGGAGAUUAAAUCAGCGGGAGCGCAGGGGAAACGAGCAGAGAAAGUGUGGACAGGUGCCACCGUGGAGGGUGAGAGGAGCCCCGCUGCGCAGAGGAAACUGUCCGACGCCAGUAACGCUUCUGAGGACCUGAGCAAAGACUCCGGCUGCCUGUCUGGGAAACUGUCCUCCUCCGACAGCAGCUCAGAGAUCUCUGACUGCACCUCCGAGGGCAACAAGCAGGAAUCCCCGAGCUGCGACAAUGACUUAAGCUGGACAGACGGCAGAGCUUAUGGUCAGCCGGACAGCGAGAGCGCAGCAGACGGGAAAGCGUGCGUAAAGGCAGCAGGAGAUCCACGCGCCCCCCAACCUGAUGCUGCUGGAGGAGGACUCGGUUUGUUUAACUCCUCGGGGACGUUUCUGGAGCUCAUGAUGGGGGAGACAAGCGAUGAUCUCGCCAGAGAGGUGGAAGAUUUGAGAUCAGAGAACGAGUAUCUCAAAGAUGAGGUGGAGGAGCUCCGCUGUGAGAUGCUGGAAAUGCGCGACAUGUUCCAGGAGGAGGAGGUGUACCAGCUGCAGGAGCUCCGGCUGCAGCUGGAGCAGGCCAACAAAACCUGUCGCAUCCUGCAGUACCGCCUCCGCAAGGCCGAGCGCCGCAGCAUCCGGGUGGCUCAGACGGGACAGGUGGACGGGGAGCUGGUCAGGAGCCUGGAGCACGAUAUCAAGGUUGCAAAGAGCGUCUCCCUGCGGCUGUACAAUGAGCUGGAGGUGGUGCAGAAGAAGAAUGCACAGCUGGAGUGGGAAAAUGAGAUGCUGCGGGAGAAGACGCAGGCACAAGAAGUGGCCAGACAGGUGUUACAGGCCGAAGUGGACAAAGCCAGAGAGGGCACUUUGAAAAGAAAGAGUAUUCGAUCGGCUGUCAGCAAGGCUGAGAAGAGGCUCUCUCAGCAGAUCGAGGAUGACAGCGCUGAUCUCAGGUGCCAACUCCACUUUGCCAAAGAGGAAUUAGCUCUCAUGUGCAAGAAGCUCACCAAGCUGGUAUCAGAGAGUGAGGUGAUGCGGGAGGAGCUGGCCAAAUACCGCUCAGCCUUCGGUGACGUAGACGCCAACUCGUUCCCUGAGGGCAAGCGGCACUCUGCACGCGCCAGGGAGGCAGAGGUCAAAGUCCACCUGAAACUGGUGGAGGAGGAGGCCACGCUCCUGAGCCGGCGCAUCGUUGAACUUGAGGUGGAAAACCGGGGACUGCGAGCGGAAAUGAGCGACCUGAGAGAGAAAGUAGGAAGAGGGGAGGAAGAGGAAGAGGAGAAUCAGGAGGUGUUGGAGGAAAAUGUGUCUGCUUCCACUCAAGUGAAGGAGAGAGAUGGAAGGGAGCAAGGUUUGAAAAAAGGAUGCAAGACCUAUCAGGACAAGGAUGCAGAAAAAAGUAAAAAUAACGUUGAGAAAUCUUCACGAGGCAGCAAAUCAUGGACCGAAACGAAGAUGCCUGCUUGUCAUACAGCCAGAGAGGGUCCUGUGGGUGGUGAGUGGGACCCUUCAGACCCUCUCCAGAGUGAGAACAAGAAACUUGAUGGAGAACUCAGAGGUAUGACAGUGAAUGACUUUGAAACUCUUCUGGCUCUCAGAGAUCAUUCCUGCAUUCUUAGUUCAGCCAUUCAGUUCCUGAUGCCGCCAACAAAAAAUGGCCACUCGUCUCCGUCAAGUGCUUUUACCUCUCCUACAGAAACAGACUCCAAUGGCAAGGCUCAUAAGAUAUUCCCUCCAGCACCUUUGAAUGAAGCUUUGGAGCUUCUACAGGCCAUGCUGACAGCAUUCAUAGGGAGACUGGAGACGCUUCUAACAGACAGACAAGCUUUAGAGUCCAACACUUUCUCCUUCCUUCCUGGAGAGAGCUCAGAAAGAGAAGCUCUGAGUCGGCAGGUUGAAGAUCUACGCACCUCAGAGGUUAAAGAGCGAGAGAAACAAACAGGACAGGCAUCUUCCUCCCAGUCUGACACCAUCAGCAGCUGCAGGGACCCAAAAAUCCGCCUUUCACUGCAGAUUCUGUGGAUCAUCCAUCAGUGGUGUCAGGUUAAAGGACCUGGAGUUGAGGAAAAAGAGGUUAAAGACAAAACCAUGUCAGUUCUGCGGGGAUUGUUGCAGGACCUCGGCACAGAGCUCCAGGAUGAUCCAGUUGACUUUGACACUCAGGCCAAAGCCACACAAGUCAAGGCAGCUGAGGCGGCCCUCAGCAGUAUCUUUCAAGAUAAUCUCCACUCUACAGCUGACAGAGCUUACAGCUCAACGUGGAGGAGGCGACAGUUUCCCCCUCACAGCUGUAAGAAGAAGAACUGGUACUACGUGUCCCAGGAGGCCGCCCAGCUGGACAGAGAAGACCCGGUUAAGACGUGGGACCAUCUAAUCAUGCCGCUCAGCUUCCCAGAUCUCGACUUUGAGCAGAUGUCCCUGGAAAGGAGCCACACUGCCCCUGAGAAGUCAUCGUUCAGAAUCUACUACAGCCCCCCAUCGGCUCGUCGGGUCCAGCUGGCUCAGCAGAAGCAAAGCCUGGUCGCAGACACAGAGUCCUUUAACUCCGCUUCGUCCUGGUGCACGCCGCUAACCUCCUUCUCUCAGCUCUGUCUGGACUCGGCUCAUAACUUGAGCGACGACAUGAAGGAGAUGACGGCCAGCUGGAAGCAGGCGGUUCAGGGCAGCUCACAGGAGGGAAGGGGGAGACUCCAGGGGCGGAGGCAGGAUGGGGUCUGCUCGUGUACCCAGGCAAACAUGAAGCCUCAGAUGGUGAGCGUUGGUCUGCAGACGGAUGGGAUGCAUGGAUCAGUCACUAUGAGAAACAGUCCAUCCAGAAUCCUCAGCCCCUCCUUGAUCUCCACUCGCUCCCAACACUUCUCCGCCUCACUGGACAAGUCACCAAGCAGAGGAGAGCGGUCCAGGACCUCCACCUCCUCGCCCAAGCUGUACCGCAGACACUCCAGUUCAUCCUCUCCCUCCUCAUCCAACAACAUAAGCCCCUCAUCCUCUAAUCAGUCUACCUCCAGAGACCGAGCUCUUUGGAACAUGACUCACAGCCAAAGCGGUCUCUCUUGGAGCCGACAGAGCAGCCUCAGAGGUCAGAACCAGAGCCCGGUGAGCGGCACCAAGCCCCAGAGCAAAUCUGUCGGACCAAACCGUUACGGCAUGGUCACAGAGUUCCUGCGCCGGGUGAGCGGCCGGGUGGAUAAGCCAGCUCCAGUGUCUGGGCAGAAGAUGAAGAGCGGACUGAAGAGUCCAGAACGAGUUCCAACGAGGCCUCCUGCUGCUCCGCUGCAAAGGAGCGACAGCGUGACGAGGAUCGUCAACCAGAGGUUCAUGAAGCAGAGAGAGGAGGCCGGUCGAGCUCAGAGGGAGGAGAAGGGGGGGGGCUUGAGUCCAAGUGUCCGGCAAAGUCCAAGCACGUCGACCUCAGAGGAAGGAAACUACGACUGCAGCUCCAGUGGCACGCUGACUUUCUGCUUCUCCCGUCCAUCUCGCUUCUCUCAGAGACAAACGUCCAACCCCAGCAAACUCCCUCAGCACAGAUACUCUCCUCCAGUGAGCGUGGCCGGAGAGUCUGCCUGUGAGUGAGAGGGAGGAGAAACAGCAGAGAUCCUUCAGGACAGCUGAGAGCAGCCAGAGCCACGAGGGAGGAAUUUAAAAUCUAAUCUUUAAACGUAAACACUCCUGAGAUACAGACACAGCAAGGAUGAUCUGUGGGAAUUAGAGGGCUGUUUGUGGGAUGUUUCUUCAAACUAAAAUCAUUCAUAUUUACAAAUUUUUAAAUUAUAUAAACUGAUUUUGCACUUGUAUCACAAACUAAAGAUUAAUUUUUUAUCAUAUUUGUUUUUGUAGAGAAUUACCUCAUGUUUUGUUGAUUAAACUU